AUGAGCUUGGAUCGACAGAAAGCUACAGGGGACGCCGGGUCAAAUGGUGAUGAGAAAUCUGCCCUUCCAAAACUUUCGCAAUUCCCGCCACCGAGUGCGACCAAGCGGACGUUUCCGGAGAAGAGCCCCUCAUUCCUGAAUGGCGUCAGAGGCGCGAUGGCCGAACCUGUUACUGCAGCUUUCUUUGCCGGAGGUGUAGCGGGUGCCGUAUCCAGAACCAUUGUUUCGCCGCUCGAGCGUUUGAAAAUCCUUCUCCAAAUACAAACUGUUGGCAGAGAGGAGUAUAAACUGUCUAUCUGGCAGGCGCUUAAGAAGAUCGGAAAAGAAGAAGGAUGGCGAGGGUUCAUGCGGGGAAAUGGCACGAACUGCAUUCGGAUCAUCCCAUACUCCGCAGUUCAAUUCGGGAGCUAUAACUUUUAUAAGAGAUUCGCCGAGCCCUCUCCAGGCGCCGAUUUGACACCCUUACGCCGACUUUUGUGUGGAGGGGCGGCUGGGAUUACCUCAGUGAUCAUUACUUAUCCUCUGGAUAUCGUUCGUACUCGGCUCUCCAUUCAGUCCGCGUCUUUUGCUGCUCUCAAACGAGAAAGCGCCGGCGAGAAACUUCCAGGCAUGUUCACAACUAUGGUCUUGAUAUACAAAAAUGAGGGCGGCUUCUUCGCCCUGUACCGUGGAAUUGUUCCAACCGUUGCCGGUGUUGCUCCUUACGUUGGGCUCAACUUCAUGACGUACGAAUCAGUCCGUAAAUACUUGACGCCGGAAGGGGACACUACACCAGGGCCACUUCGGAAAUUACUCGCCGGCGCCAUCUCUGGGGCCGUCGCCCAAACAUGCACAUAUCCAUUUGAUGUUCUCCGGCGGCGUUUUCAGAUUAACACGAUGUCCAACAUGGGAUAUCAGUACAGCUCCAUUCUUGACGCUGUAAAGGUCAUUGUGGCCGAGGAGGGCGUGCGCGGUCUUUUCAAGGGGAUUGCGCCGAAUCUCCUGAAAGUAGCACCAAGUAUGGCGAGCAGCUGGCUCAGUUUCGAGCUUACGCGGGAUUUCUUCCUAGGUUUGAAUGAUCGGUGA